AUGUUCCCCUGGGGGUUGAGCUGCCUGUCCGUUCUGGGCGCCGCGGGCACCGCGCUCCUGUGCGCCGGCCUCCUGCUCAGUCUGGCCCAGCACCUCUGGACCCUCCGCUGGACGCUAAGCCGGGACCGGGCCUCCGCUCUGCCCCUGCCCAAGGGCUCCAUGGGCUGGCCCUUCUUCGGCGAAACGCUGCACUGGUUAGUUCAGGGUUCGCGCUUCCACAGCUCUCGCCGGGAGCGCUACGGGACAGUGUUCAAGACGCACCUGCUGGGCAGGCCGGUGAUCCGCGUGAGCGGCGCGGAGAACGUGCGCACCAUCCUGCUGGGCGAGCACCGCCUGGUGCGCAGCCAGUGGCCGCAGAGCGCGCACAUCCUGCUGGGCUCGCACACGCUCCUCGGCGCGGUCGGUGAGCCGCAUCGGCGGCGGCGCAAGGUCCUGGCGCGCGUGUUCAGCCGCGCGGCGCUGGAGCGCUACGUGCCGCGCCUGCAGGGGGCGCUGCGGCGCGAGGUACGCGCCUGGUGCGCGGCCCGCGGUCCGGUCGCCGUCUACGAGGCCACCAAGGCGCUCACCUUCCGCAUGGCCGCACGCAUCCUCCUGGGGCUGCGGCUGGAUGAGAUGCAGUGCGCCGCGCUGGCCCGGACCUUUGAACAACUCGUGGGGAACCUCUUCUCACUGCCCCUGGACGUGCCCUUCAGCGGCCUGCGCAAGGGCAUCCGGGCGCGGGACCAGCUGCACCGUCACCUAGAGGAGGCCAUUGCUGAGAAGCUGCAGGGGAACGAGGCUGUGGAGCCGGGGGACGCCCUGGACGUGAUCAUUCACAGUGCCAGGGAGCUGGGCCAGGAGCCCUCGGUGCAGGAGCUGAAGGAGUCGGCUGUGGAGCUCCUCUUCGCCGCCUUCUUCACCACGGCCAGUGCCAGCACGUCCCUCGUGCUGCUGCUCCUGCAGCACCCGGCGGCCAUCGCCAAAAUCCGCCAGGAGCUCCUGGCGCAGGGGCUGGCGCAAGCGUGCGAUUGCCCGCCCGCGGCCGCGGGGGACGACGCGGGACCCCCGCCCGACUGCGGCUGCGCGCCCGACCUCGACCUCGCGGCGCUGGGCCGCCUGCGCUACGUGGACUGCGUGGUCAAGGAGGUGCUGCGCCUCCUGCCGCCGGUGUCAGGGGGCUACCGCACCGCCCUGCGCACCUUCGAGCUCGACGGCUACCAGAUUCCCAAGGGCUGGAGCGUGAUGUAUAGCAUCCGGGACACGCACGAGACGGCCGCGGUGUACGGCAGUCCGCCCGAGGGCUUCGACCCGGAGCGCUUCGGCGCUGCGCGUGAGGAUGCGCGGGGCGCUCCCGGUCGCUUCCAUUACAUCCCGUUCGGCGGCGGUGCCCGCAGCUGCAUCGGCCAGGAGCUGGCGCAGGCGGUGCUCCAGCUGCUGGCUGUGGAGCUGGUACGCACCGCGCGCUGGGAGCUGGCCACGCCCGCCUUCCCCGCCAUGCAGACCGUGCCCAUCGUGCACCCAGUGGACGGGCUGCGGCUCUUUUUCCACCCGCUCGCGCCUUCGGCCGCGGGCGAUGAGCUACACUUCUGA